AUGGCACUUGUCAAACUACUGCAGAGGUCUUUAACCUGUCAUACAUAUUUUCGUCAAGUUUUACCGCUUUCUUUUGUUCAAAUUCCCUAUCAACAAACAGCAAGAUACCCACCACAGCAAAGAAACAGUUACCACCACCACGAUCAUCAUCAACAACAGAACAAUGACAACAAUUCUGCCCGUCACCAUCUACCCCACUGGUUAUUUAUCGCUACUGGGACUAUUGCUACUCUUGGUUUAUCUACCUACCUGAAAGUGACAAGGUCACCUGAAAAUGCUGCUGAGUUACCAGAGUCUGGCUCUCUGCAAAAAGAGUUAUUUAAUAUUAUAAAAAAUGAUGUGAUUCUGGCAUAUGAAAUGAAUGGGGAACAAAUCACAGCUGACCAUGGCUACCCACUUCGGGUCAUUAUUCCUGGAGUGGUUGGAGCUAGACAAGUAAAAUGGUUGAAAAAGGUGUUACUGAGCAAUGAAGAAAGUUUAAGUCACUGGCAACGAAGGGACUACAAAGGCUUUAAUCCUUCCAUUGACUGGCACAAUGUUGAUUUUGACAAAGCAGAGUCAAUUCAACAAUACCCAGUCCAAUCUGUUAUAUGUGUUCCUUCUGAUGGCAGCUUUAUUGAUGAAGAUGAAACUGAAAUUGAAUUAGAGGGUUAUGCAUGGAGUGGGGGUGGUCGAGGUAUCAUCCGUGUUGAUGUGUCAGUUGAUGGUGGGAAAACCUGGCAAGAUGCAACAAUUCAUCCCACUGAGCAGUCUUUGUAUCAUACUUAUGCCUGGACCCUGUGGUCUGCAACUGUGCCACUUCCAGCUAACCACAAUGUUUUUCUUCUUUUCUUUUUCUUUCUUUCUCUUUUCUUUCCUUUCCUCUCUCUUUCUUUUUCUCUUUUAGGGCAAAUUCUGGUUUGUGUUGACACAGUUUAUUUACAUGAUCAAAUCCAAAUUUAUCUGCAGGAGUUCAAGUGUAUUCGUCUUAAACCAAAUUUCUGCUUAAUUUUCAAACAUAUUUGGGAGGAGAAAAAAAUUUCCCACUCUCUUCCUCCAAAUCUAUUCAUAACUUUUCAAUAG